CUCAAAUAAAAAUAAAAAAUAAAGAUGCAAUUGUUGGAGGCUACAUCCCUUAAUAAUAACUCGCCUCCAUUCUCGUUGUGAAAACACUUGAAUUUCAUGAAAAUCUUGCUUCUUUCUCUCUCUCUUUCAUCUUCUUCCACUCAAAAAUCAUCACUUUGGGUUUUCUCUAGCUCUCAUUUUUCUAACCACAAGAAGAUUGAAUGUAAAAGACCGAGAUCUUCAAUGGGCAACUUGGCUUGCAUCCCAAAGAAGGAGCUAAAGGGUGGCAUUGGCUCGAAGAGCAAGAGGAGUUCGAGAAAGAUGGCAGCCGAGGAGGAGUUGAUUCAUCGCCAAGCUCUGGCAAUGGCGAUCCAACAGCAUCAGCUCUCGCAGAGGUUUGAGGGUUCCAUGUCUCGUAGGAUCGGGUCCACGAGCUCUCGGAGGCAUAAUCUUUCUGAUAGAUUCAGUUCAAAGCAGGUCCCUCUAGAUCUUGACAAUCUUGAAACAAAGAAAAUCGUUCUUGUCCAUGGAGAGGGAUUUGGGGCAUGGUGUUGGUAUAAAAUUAUUCCUCUACUGGAGGAAGCAGGACUACUUCCUGUUGCUCUGGAUCUUGCUGGCUCUGGAAUGGAUCACACUGAUACAAAUAGCAUAACAACCCUGGCAGAGUACUCAAAACCCCUUAUUAAUUUCUUGCAGAGUCUUCCUGAUGAUGAGAAGGUUAUUUUGGUUGGCCAUAGUUGUGGAGGAGCAAGCAUAUCUUAUGCACUUGAGUGUUGCCCGAAUAAGGUCUCAAAAGCAGUUUUUGUUAGUGCCACUAUGGUAUCAAAUGGACAGAGACCUUUUGAUGUGUUUUCCGAGGAUCUAGGACCCGCUGAAGCAUUCUUGAAAGAAUCACAGUUUGUACUGUAUGGUAAUGGUGAAGACAGGUCGCCCACUGGCCUCAUGUUCGACAAGGAACAAAUGAAGGGGCUCUAUUUCAACCAGACUACUCCCAAGGAUAUUGCUUUAGCUGCGGUAUCAAUGAGACAAAUCCCCCUUGCGCCCAUACUGGAGAAAUUAUCCGUCACCCCUGAAAACUAUGGGACAGUCUCCAGGUUCUUCGUGCAAACACUAGAUGACCGAAUGCUCUCUCCUGACAUUCAAGAGAGGCUAGUCCGAGAGAAUCCACCUCGAGGAGUGUACAAGAUAAAGGGCAGCGAUCAUUGUCCCUUCUUCUCUAAGCCACAGUCCCUGAACAAGAUCCUGCUAGAGAUUGCAGGUUUCAAUACUGCUGGUCUAGCAGAAAAUGAGAUGAUUGAUAGGGAGAAAGAUGUAUAGAUGAGACUUAAGGAUGUUUUAAUUUUGCAAAGAGUUGUGACACAUGUAGUGGAACUGUGAGAUUCCUGUUUUAUUGAAGGCUUACUUUGUAAUAUGAUAUGAAUCUUCCACAUAUUUAGAAUCAUGCGGCAGAUAAAGUCAAUUCCCAAGACACAAUAAGUGCAACUUCACAUUA